AUGGUGUCCUUUCGCGCACCAGCUCCUCCUUCGUCCUCCUCUGAUACCCAUGCCGCUAACAAAAAUGCCCCGUCACAAGUUUCGUACCAGCGUGAGCCAAUGUCACCAAGUGUGGGAGCGCGCCCCACUUGCCCCCAUGAUACCAGUCCAUCCCGACCCACUGAGAAACCCAAAAAUACACCUCCAAAGCAAGGGUCUUACAGUGAGGCCAUUAGCUAUCCAGUGGAGUAUAUGCGGCGGCCACCAAAGGCAAAUGCCAAGGUCAGAUUUUUCGGCUCAGUUUCAGUGAAGGAGAUCCCCUCCUAUCGUUCCUACGACGACGAAAGCCGCAAGAAGAUGUGGAGCUCCCACAAGGAGAUAGAGCUCAACGCUGCCCGGAACAAGAGGGAAUUUGCAGCAGACAAAAGAGACUGGAAAAAGUGCAGGGAAGAAGACGAGAUGCUGAUCCUUGAAGGCAAGCUAGUUCACCCAGAGACCUACGUUUGGCUACAGCGACAUCAGCAAAAGCAAGUAGUACGAAGACUUCGAGCGGCCAAGAAGAGAGAAGACCUAGCAAGGGCCGGAACGAUUGACUCCGAAGCAGGGGUGGUCAGUCGCGUGACGGGCAGGAUCCUAAUGAAGCGUCCUUUCAAGGCUGCACUGGCAAGGAAACAACGACCUGCAACGGCGACUAUCGUGCCCUCUGAAGCUCGCUCUGAACAUCCGCUACAAGAUAGCAGCAACCUAGCUGUUACAGGUGCCAAGAAAGAGAGACAGCGCAGGGCUGUGCUGACACCAUCAGCACCCCCAAGCAACAAAGGAUCUGACCAAGGAAGCCGAUCAAAGAACGUGCCAGUGGCCAAAACUAGGAGGAACACCAAGUUUGUCGUCCGCCGUCGGGCAACCCUAUUCAGGCUCCCAACCAGGACAGCCAGAAAGGAAUUGGCAGCGAGGUCUGGUCAUGGCAUCGUAUGCCAAGCAAGUUAA